AUGGCAUCUGGGCAAGGUCCAGGUCCUCCCAGUGAAGAGUAUGGAGAGCCAACCUCCGAUUCUGAGCAGCAGGUAGCCCAGGACACGGAGGAGGUUUUCCACAGCUAUGUUUUUCAUCACCAUCCGCAGGAGCAGGAGGCCGAGGGGGAGGCUGCCCCUGUUGACCCAGAGAUGAUUGCCUUGCCCCUAGAACCUACCAGGACCUCCAAGGAGAGUACCAUGGGGCAGGUGGGUCGGCAGCUCGCCAUCAUCGGUGACGACAUCAACUGGCACUAUGACUCCGAGUUCCAGAGCAUGCUGCAACAACUGCAGCCUACAGCCACAAAUGCCUAUGAGCUCUUCACCAAGAUCGCCUCCAGCCUGUUUGAGAGUGGCAUCAACUGGGGCCGUGUGGUGGCUCUCCUGGGUUUCGGCUAUCGCCUGACCUUACACGUCUACCAGCGAGGCCUGACAGGCUUCCUGGGCCAGGUGACCCACUUUGUGGCCGACUUCAUGUUGCACUGCUGUAUCGCCCAGUGGAUCGCGCAGAGAGGAGACUGGGUGGCAGCCCUGGACUUUGGGAACGGCCCAGUCCGGAAUGUGCUGGUUGUUCUGGCUGUAGUUCUGUUGGGUCAGUUUGUGGUACAAAGAUUCUUCAAGUCAUGA